AUGGCGGAGUUCCACGCCGCUUUCCGGCACCGCCGGGGUGGGGGUCGCGUCGUGUGCCCCCCCCAGCCCCACAUUGUGCCCUCGCACCAAGCUGCCCUCCUCGGGAGAGGAUCGCCAUCCCCAGGGUGGUCCUGGGGCCGCUACGCCAUCCGCUGCCGCAUCUUCCCCCGUCCCAGCCCACUCCCCACGGGGCACAGCGGCACCGGGGCCUCCCGAGCCCCCGGGUGGGGAUGCGGGCAGUGGUGUCCCGAACGGAGGCAGCGGGACCCCAACACCCGCGGGGGGGACCCCGCCCGGCACGGGGCUCUGCGGCUGCGGUACCCCGCGUGUGGCGGGGGACGGCGGGACCCCCGGGUGGGCCCCAUCUCCGCUUUCGGCUGGAAACGGGUUCGGUCCCUCCGUGGGGCCCUCGGGAGCCUCUCUGCUCCAACCCGGGGACGGAGCGUAGGGACGGGGCUGCGCCCCCACCCCUCCCGUCAUCGCCGCCCGGGGGGGCGGGAGGAGCCCUGCGCGGCCCCUCCCGGAGCUCCCACCCCGCACCCCCGGCGGAAGGCGGCGGACCGGGGAAGCGGGGGGUGGGCACCGCGCCCCCGCUGCGGGAAACCCGCGGGCAGCGCAGCCGCAACCGCAUCCCGGUGGCCGCGGGCGCUCCGGGGCCGGGUUUGGGGCCGGGGCGGUCCCUCCCGCGGCGAUGGGGCGGGGGCGGGCGGCAGCAUGAGGGGCGGCGGGGAGGGCGCGGGGGGCGCGGAGCCGCGGUCGCGGCUGCGGGCGUUCGCUUCCAGCUCCUCGCUGCACGGCAUCAGCCACAUCUUCGCGUACGGAGCGGCGCUGCGCCGGGCGCUGUGGGGCGCGUUCUUCCUGGGCGCGCUGGGGCUGCUGCUGCUGGUGUGCGCCGAGCGCGUCGCCUAUUUCCUCACCUACCCGCACGUCACCAAACUGGACGAGGUGGCCGCGCACAACCUCACCUUCCCGGCCAUCACCAUCUGCAACCUCAACGAGUUCCGCUUCUCCAAGAUCACCCGCAACGAUAUGUACCACGUGGGAGAGCUGCUGGCGCUGCUCAACGAGCGCUACGAGAUCAGCAACCCGCAGCUGGCCGAGCCCGCCGUGCUGGCCGCGCUGCGCGACAAGGCCAACUUCAAGAACUUCAAGGCCAAACCCUUCAGCAUGGCCGAGUUCUACAACCGCACCGGCCACGACCUGGCCGACAUGCUGCUGCAGUGCUCCUUCCGUGGCGCCGGCUGCUCCGCACGCAACUUCAGCGUGGUGAGUGAGGGGCCAGCAGCGUCGCUGCGGGGCUGGGCGUGGUGGGGCGCGGCGCUGGAGGGUCCUGGUGAGCUCCGUCCCCAUCUCUCCCAUUGCAUUUCAGCACGGCACAAUUUGGCACCACAGGGUCCCUGUGAGCUCCAUCCCCACCUCUCCCAUCCACCCCACUGAUGGUUUGCGUGCUGCAUGCCAUCCAGCGGUGCCCCCACCCUGCGCCCACCCCAGGUUUUGCACUGCAGCCACGCUGUGCCAUCGCACAGCCCCCACUGCUCCACUCCGUGUGGCUCCGUGGCUCCUCUGCUGCCACCCCAGGGAAUGGUCACCCCUUCCACUGCUGGCACUGCCUGCCUGCUGCUGAGCCUCACAGCCUGUUGGAUGCUCCAUGUGUGCCAAAGGGCCACACUGUGACCCACUGCCACACGCUGCUCUGCGCUGUGGCCACAGGCACCAAUGCUAGGAGUCCCACUUGUGGCCACGGGUGUCACACUGGGUUUGGACACAGGGAGAUUUGGUACCAGAGGGCCGUGGGUUGCUCCAUCCCCAUUGCUCCCAUUGCAUCCCACUGGUGGCCAUCCAGCGGUGCCCCCACCCCACAGCCACCUGCAGGCGCUGGGCUCUGUGCCUCUGCUCAGCCCCCACAGCUCCGCCUGCACUCAGAGUCCCACAUCUCCAGUCCCUGUGGCUCCGUGUCCCCUCUGCUGCCACCCCAGAGAACAGCUGUCCCCUCCGUGCCACUGCCCCCUGCCCGCUCCCGUGCCCCACAGUGUGCCAGAGGUUCUGUGCGUGACAGAGGUUCUGUGUGUGCCAAAGGGCCGCACGGUGACCGUGCUCUGCCCCCAGGGACGGGCACUGGGACCCGCAGUUCUGUGUGGGGACACGGGGAUGGUGGGCACAGGGCACACACACCUACAGAGGCACUCAGUGGGGCAGCACCGUGUCCUGCACUGCACGUCUCCCAUCACAGCAGCUGGCAGAUGUGCAACCAGAGCAGCAGCCAGCAUGAAGCUCUCAGAGCAGAAAAUGAUCUCCUGCGUGAAUGACCCCCCGGGGGCUGGGAGCUGAGCCGGGCUCGCACUGCCCAUUCCCCUGUGCCAGCACACUCAGGGCUGCUGCUCCCCGCCUCCUCCCGGGUUCCCGAGUGCAGCAGAACACGUGGAGCCCUGGAGGCAAGGCUUCCAUAGGGCACAUGGCCGUGCCCCCCCCGGGUGUGACUCAGUGGCCAAAAGCACGGCGUGGUGCGUGGCUGAGCGGGCUGAGCACCCUGCCUGCCGGGCCCUGAGCUGUGCCAGGCUCUGUUAUGGUGACAAAGACUGCGCCACGUGCUCCCCACAUGUGGCAGAUGUCCCAGCCCGGGUUGUGCCCCCGUGGCCGUUCCGUGGGGUGUGCUGGGGCUCCCGGUGUGGGGUGGG